CUUCACUCGUCCCCCUGUCCCUGGCGCGCGCACUUCCACGCGGCGCGCGCCAGCAGCGACGGCUGCCAUGGCGACCGGCAGGAACCUCCCUCCCCUUUUUUUCCGCCUUCUGCCAGCGGGAGCAGCAGCCGCAGCACCUGAGUCGCGGCCGCCGCCAGCUCAGGACAACGCUAUGGCUGAUGCUGGGCGCAGCCUCCAUCCCUCUGCCAGAGGCAGGGGAGGAACGGAGCGGCGCACGCUCCGGCUCCUGCGGCUGCUGCUCUGGGUCGGGACCGCCUUCCAGGUGACCCAGGGAGCGGAACGGGAGCUUCACGCCUGCAAAGAGUCUGAGUACCACUACGAGUACACCGCAUGUGACAGCACGAGUUCCAGGUGGAGGGUUGCUGUGCCGCACACCCCAGGCCUCUGCACCAGCCUCCCGGACCCCGUCAAGGGCACCGAGUGCUCCUUUUCUUGCAAUGCUGGGGAGUUUCUGGACAUGAAGGACCAGUCCUGUAAGCCCUGCACUGAGGGCCGCUACUCCCUUGGCACAGGCAUCCGGUUUGACGAGUGGGACGAGCUGCCCCAUGGCUUUGCCAGCCUCUCAUCCAACGUGGAGAUCAACGACAACACCAACGAGUCCACUGAGAACUGCACUUUGUCCAAGUGGGUUCCCCUGGGCGACUACAUCGCCUCCAACACGGACGAGUGCACGGCCACACUGAAGUAUGCCGUCAACCUGAAGCAGUCGGGCACUGUCAGCUUCGAAUACUACUACGCAGACUCCAACAUCAUCUUUGAGUUUUUUGUCCAGAAUGACCAGUGCCAGCCCAAUGCAGAUGACUCCCGGUGGAUGAGGACCACAGAGAAAGGAUGGGAAUUCCACAAUGUAAAGCUAAAUCGAGGCAAUAACGUCCUCUAUUGGAGAACCACAGCCUUCUCAGUGUGGUCCAAAGUCUCCAAGCCUGUGCUGGUGAGAAACAUCGUCAUCACAGGGGUGGCCUACACUUCGGAAUGCUUCCCCUGCAAACCCGGCACAUAUGCAGACAAGCAGGGCUCCUCUUUCUGCAAACUUUGUCCAGAAAAUUCUUAUUCGAACAAGGAAGAAACGUCUUGCCACCAGUGUGACGCCGACAAAUACUCAGAAAAAGGAUCCUCUUCCUGCAAAAUGCGUCCAGCCUGCACCGACAAAGAUUACUUCUACACGCACACGGCCUGCGAUGCCAACGGAGAGACGCAGCUCAUGUACAAAUGGGCCCAGCCGAAAAUCUGUAAUGAGGAUCUCGAGGGGGCGGUGAAGCUGCCCGCCUCUGGCGUGAAGACCCGCUGCCCGCCAUGCAACCCAGGCUUCUUCAAAACCGACAACAGCACCUGCGAGCCCUGCCCUUAUGUCUCUUACUCCAAUGGCUCUGAUUGUAGCCACUGCCCAGCUGGCACUGAGCCUGUCGUGGGAUUCGAAUACAAAUGGUGGAACACUCUGCCCACGAACAUGGAAACGACCGUUCUCAGUGGGACCAACUUUGAGUACAAGGGCAUGACAGGCUGGGAGGUGGCCGGGGAUUACAUUUACACGGCGGCUGGAGCCUCGGACAAUGACUUCAUGAUCCUCACUCUGGUUGUGCCAGGAUUUAGACCUCCACAGUCGGUGAUGGCGGACACAGAGAACAAAGAGGUGGCCAGGAUCACAUUUGUCUUUGAGACCAUCUGUUCUGUGAACUGUGAGCUCUACUUCAUGGUGGGUGUGAAUUCUAGGGCCAACACUCCCGUGGAGACGUGGAAAGGCUCUAAAGGCAAGCAGUCCUUCACCUACAUCGUUGAGAAGAACGCUACCGUGAGCUUCACCUGGGCCUUCCAGAGGACCACUUUCCACGAGAUCGGCAGAAAGUACACCAACGAUAUCGCCAAGAUCUAUUCCAUCAAUGUCACCAAUGCCAUGAAUGGGGUGGCCUCCUACUGUCGGCCCUGCGCCCUGGAAGCCUCUGACAUGGGCUCCUCCUGUACCUCCUGUCCUGCUGGCUACUACAUUAACCGGGAUUCAGGAACCUGCCACUCCUGCCCCCCUAACACCAUCCUGAAAGCCCACCAGCCCUAUGGAGUCCAGGCCUGCAAGCCCUGUGGCUCAGGGACCCAGAGCAACAAGAUCCACACUGUGUGCUACAACGACUGCACCUUCUCAGUCAGCUCUGGGAGCCGGUCGUUAGACUACAACUUCUCGGCUCUGGCAAACCCCGUCUCUCUGGCUGGAGGGCCAAGCUUCACUUCCAAAGGGCUGAAAUAUUUCCAUCACUUCACCUUCAGUCUCUGUGGAAACCAGGGUAAGAAAAUGGCUGUGUGCACUGAGAAUGUCACUGACCUCCGGAUUCCUGAGGGCGAGUCAGGUUUCUCCAAAUCCAUCACGGCCUACGUCUGCCAGGCGCUCAUCAUUCCUCCAGAGGUGACAGGCUACAAGGCUGGAGUGUCCUCGCAGCCUGUCAGCCUCGCUGAUCGGCUUGUCGAGGUGACAACAUAUAUGACUGUGGAUGGAAUCACCUCUCCGGCUGAACUUUUCCACCCAGAAUCCUUGGGAAUACCGGACGUGAUCUUCUUUUAUAGGUCCAAUGAGGUGACUCAGUCCUGCAGUUCUGGGAGGGCCACCACCAUCCGAGUCAGAUGCAGUCCACUGAAGCCUGCCCCGGGAAGUCUGUCCCUGCCCAGCACGUGCUCUGAUGGGACCUGUGAUGGCUGUACCUUCCACUUCCUGUGGGAGAGCGCAGCCGCUUGUCCGCUCUGCUCGGCCGAUGACUACCACGCUAUCGUCAGCAGCUGCGUGGCUGGGAUCCAGAAGACUACCUAUGUGUGGCGAGAACCAAAGCUAUGCGUGGGCGGCGACUCUCUGCCUGAGCAGAGAAUCACCAUCUGCAAAACUAUAGAUUUCUGGCUGAAAGUGGGCAUCUCUGCGGGCACCUGCACUGCCAUCCUGCUCACCGUCUUGACCUGCUACUUUUGGAAAAAGAAUCAAAAACUAGAGUACAAGUACUCCAAGCUGGUGAUGAACGCUUCCCUCAAGGACUACGACCUGCCAGCAGCCGACAGCUGCGCCAUCAUGGAAGGCGAGGACGUGGAGGAUGACCUCCUCUAUACCAGCAAGAAGACCCUCUUUGGGAAGAUCAAAUCAUUUACCUCCAAGUUGAUGAACUGUUUGGGCCUUUCAACUUCCAGGAGGAGUAGUGAACCAUCCAUGUUCAGCCAGCUCCUGUCACCAUCUCUCUUUCAGAGGACUCCUGAUGGAUUUGACUCGGUGCCACUGAAGACAUCCUCAGGAGGCCCAGACAUGGACCUGUGAGAGGCACUGCCCUGCCUCUCCUGCCUCCUCACCUUGGCACACCACCUUUCGAGCCUGUGGCGAUUUGGUGCCAGCUUCCUGCAACACCUACUGCUGGAAAUCUCUUCAUUGUGGCCUUAUCAGAAGUUUGAACUUUAGAUCUUUUGUGUGUUUUUUACAGAGUAUCCAAACUCUCCUUUAUGCUUGCCUCAAACCUGCCAAAUACACCCAACUUUGUAUAUUACUCCCUUGCUUGCAUCUUGUUUCCCAAAAUGGUCCAGCCAUCAGAGCCAUAGCUUCACCUGCUCAUAACUCUUACAGCCCUAGAAUGAAAAUAGUCCCCUUUUCUUAAGUAUAGAACCUAUUCCUCUGUCCUCUCAUUUAAGGGCGGAAGCAGCUGGGAAUUUCCCUGAUCAUGUGCCCUCGCUCUUGAUCUCUUUAGGAGAGAGGCUGGGUGAGAGGGUAUUGGUGUCCCGGGUGCACCAUCUUCAUGGUGGCCUGGAUUCAUCUCUUCUGGGUAAAUAGCUCCCACUGAGGGUAAUGGAUAGGCUGAGGGAUGGGAGAGUAAGGCCUGGGUAAGAAGGCUUGAUAAGCACAAAGAGAGGCAAUAAGGAAGGUUUGGUUUUGUUGUUUGUUUUU